AUGCGUGUCCUAUUACAAGACGAUUCAUCUGCACAUCCGUUUUCGGAACAAUUGUUGGAUAUCGGAAAUGGAAAAAUGCAAAUCGACAAUACAAAUGGAAUGAUCACCUUGCCCGAAACUGUUUGUACAAUUUUGCAAACAAAAGAAGAAUUGGUCGAAUGCGUUUUCCCAAAUAUCAUUCAGAAUCACAGAAGCCAUGAUUGGUUAGCAGAACGUUCAAUAUUGGCACCGAAGAAUAUACACGUCAAUGCAAUGAACUUCCAAAUUCAAGAAAAAUUGCCAGGUGAAGUCAUAACUUAUAAAUCCAUUGACAGCGUUAUGGAUGAAGAUGAAACUGUGAAUUAUCAAAUUGAAUUUCUGAAUUCAUUGGAACCAUCUGGUACUUCGCCACAUCUUUUGAAUUUAAAGGUUGGUUCAUUAAUCAUAUUACUGCGGAAUAUCAAUCCUCCAAAAAAGUGUAAUGGUACACGACUGGCAAUAAAGAAGCUAAUGCCAAAUUUGAUUGAAGCAACUAUACUCAAUAGCAAAGCGAAAGGCGAAGAUGUGCUUAUACCACGUAUUCCAAUGAUUCCAACAGACAUGCCAUUCAAUUUCAAACGUCUGCAAUUUCCGGUGCGUUUAUCAUUUGCUAUGACUAUAAACAAAGCACAAGAAUAA